CUUUCUCCAAAUUUCCCCUCUGGCAUACAGAGAGGCAAAGCGGACAGCAGUCUCACCCAUUUCCAACUCGUUCCUAGGCCAAAAGGGUCAAAGAAACACACAAAAAGCUUUUAUAUUUGAGUGUUUUUAUAAAUUACAAGAGAAAAUCACUCUUUCUCUCUGUUACCUCUUCCUUUCUUUCAAGCAAAGCAAGAGGAGAAGUGAUGGCUGGUUAUAGAGCUGAAGAUGACUACGAUUACCUUUUUAAGGUGGUGCUUAUCGGUGAUUCUGGUGUGGGGAAGUCCAAUCUGCUCUCAAGGUUCACUCGCAAUGAGUUUAGCUUGGAAUCUAAGUCCACUAUUGGAGUAGAGUUUGCUACUCGCAGCUUGAACGUUGAUGGCAAAGUCAUCAAGGCCCAGAUUUGGGACACUGCUGGCCAAGAGAGGUACCGUGCCAUAACUAGUGCUUACUACCGAGGAGCCGUGGGUGCACUACUUGUAUAUGAUGUCACCCGACACUCAACAUUUGAAAAUGUGGAGAGGUGGCUAAGGGAAUUAAGGGAUCAUACAGACCCCAACAUUGUGGUCAUGCUAAUAGGUAAUAAAUCAGAUCUCCGCCACCUUGUGGCUGUCUCAACUGAGGAUGGGAAAUCCUUUGCAGAGAGAGAGUCACUCUACUUCAUGGAAACUUCUGCUCUGGAAGCUACAAACGUGGACAAUGCAUUCGCUGAAGUGCUUACUCAGAUCUACCGUAUUGUAAGCAAGAAGGCCAUGGAAACUGGUGAUGAAAAUGCUGCUUCUGCUGUCCCUUCCAAAGGAGAGAAAAUUGAUGUCAGUAAAGAUGUGUCUGCUAUGAAGAGAGUAGGAUGCUGCUCAAGCUAGGAGUUUAGUCUGCAUUCAAUUGUUACGAAGGAUGGAGCUGGUUUGUUUCGCUGCAUCUAAUUUUAUGUACACCAUUAUUGUGUAAAAUUUUCUGAAAUAUGGCAACAGUAGGAGAUUGAGAUUGGUUUUUAUUUUGAUUUAAGAUCUUUUCCUUCGACUGUUAUUUCUAGCUGACAGGGAGCUUAAUUAGGAACAAGGUAUUUUACACUAUUGCUUUCAAAAAGUCCAAAUCCGCACCAAGCUAUCUAUUUAGUUGUAUUAAGGUAAUGUUUGGAAUUACAUUUUCUGCAUCAAUUGAUAGGUAAUUCAAUUAAAUUA